AUGAGCUCCAGUGUAGCCUUCUCACUAGAACCCUAUCGUAGGGGAACAUCGUUUAACGAUUGGUUCACCCGGUUAAAAUAUUUCUUCAGGGUGAAUAAGGUGAAGGAAGAAGACCAACUGGCCUAUUUCAUCACCAUGAGUGGUCCAGUAAUAUUCGCAGAAAUGAAGCUUCUUUUUCCGGGGGGAAACUUUGAACAUGCAGCACUAGAUGAUAUUGUGUCCAAGUUGAAGAAUCGUCUGGACAAAACAGACCCUGAUCUAGUACAAAGGUACAAAUUUGGUACCAGAGUACAAAACCCAGAUGAGUCAACGGAAGAUUUCAUUUUAAACUUGAAACUUCAAGCAGAAUUUUGUUGCUUUGAGAACUUUAAGGAGGUCGCAAUACUCGACCGCCUUAUUGCCGGCAUUACUGAUAACAAUCUUAGGCAGCGCCUAUUAAGUGAAGACAAAUUAAAUCUAGCAAAUGCAGAGAAAAUAAUCGCUACAUGGGAAGUAGCUAGAGCGAAUGCAGGGACAGCUAAUCAACCGAACUUAGUGCAUCCAGCUAUGGUAGCCGCAGUUGCAAAUAGGCCAAAUGUACACAUGGGCGUGGCGGCGACAAGAUUAUCCAAGGUUUAUGAUUUCGUUCGGAAAGACCAAGAAGGAAGUGAUGAUAGGGAAAGCAAUAGCAGAGGGCCUGUAAGGAGCAGAUUAGGGUUUCGACCGGCAGAGCGAACGCACAGAAUCCAAGGAUCGGAGGCAUGGAAUUUUCGGCAGCAGGGAGGACAGUUUGGAAGACAAAGACAGUGGACACGACCUGACUAUUCACAAAUGAUAUGCAAUUUUUGCGGUGUGAAAGGUCACAUCCGUAAAAAGUGCUUCAAACUAAAGAACCUUAACCGUGAUGCAGUCAACCUAGUUGAAUCGUAUAGACCAGGACCCUCCGCUGACCGUCACAUUACGGAGCUGUUGGAGAGAAUGCGUACUAGGGACGACGAAGAUGAUGACGACAGCGACUCAGAUAUGCGUUGGAAACGUGGUGAUAAUGGCGCAAAAGAUCACAGGUCAGGAUCUCUAAAGCAACAACUCAAUGGCGAGGGCCGAAUGUUUUUGAUUACGAGGGAGGAGCGAGCCAGCGGAAUGAACGACGAUAUGAGUACCCCGGGAGACGAGCCGCCCACUGGCGAUGUGACGAAUAGCCCACUGGCCAGUGGCGAAGUGGAAGAGGAACAGGCUCGAAGGGAGGGAGGAAAAGAAAACGUCGAACUUCCGAAAGUCGUCGGGUGGUGGAGCUCCGAAGAUCGAAGCGCCCUAGGAAAGAACACCGUAGUGCUGAUUAUCAUUAUGAUUGAAUUUUGGAAAUUUUCGGAUUAG